UGUGACUUUCCCAAUUCUUCCGUCUCGACUAAAAUCCUCCAGAAUUAAAACUUCCUCUCCAUGAUCAACGAAAUAAAGAAGCUCUCCGAAUAUUAAUAUUAACAUUAACGAAUCUCAACAUCUUCUCACCCACAACUACCUCAACAUUACCAAGAAAAUAUUCAUCCGUACAAACUAAUUACGAAGAAGAAAAAAAUCAUAUAUCCCCUGUCAAUACUCUACAUAUCGUCACUACGUCUACAUACGAUAAUUCAAAAGAACCAGUUCUUCUUACACGGACACCCCAUUCGCACGUAGUAUAUUAUCGAGGCAGUCAAAGAAGUAGUUUAGGAAUAGGUGAUAGGUGCUUUGAUAAAAUUUAAAUUGAAAGGGGAGUAUUGGUGGCACUGGGGAGUUUCGACAUACUCGUCCUGAUCACACCAACCUACAUACAUAUUAGGAACCCAACAUGGAUAGACAGGAAUCGAUAUGGACUCGCCGUAACAAUGUUAGCAAUCUUUCGCUAUCUACACCCAGUCAGCCCGAUAAUAAUUCCACCACCCCGCGAGACUUUUCCAGUCUAGCUCGCAGAAAUGGCAGCAGCUCCUCCCACGGCCGCUCGAACCCUUUCACCGCGACGACUCCCGGCGGCACCCUGACUUCCCCGACUAGUGCCGGAGGAGCCAAUUUUGGACUCGGAUCCGGCGCAUUCGCAUCGUUUGGCUCGGCAAAAACCCCUAAGGCACAAGGAAAUCCCUUCGAGCAAGCUAUGGGUGCCGUUGGCGCUAAGACCCCCUCCGCCGAGAAGUCCGCAAAGGAAGCUAUGCGAGCUACCUCUCUAGGCAAACCGUCGAUGGGUUCUAUCGCUGAGAUGGGUGCCCAGCAAGGUUCCAUCCCGUCGAUUCACCCCCUCCGCGACACCUGGGUUUUCUGGUAUCGACCACCCAUUACCAAGGCCAAUGGUUACAUCGAAUAUGACAAGACUUUACACGCCAUGAUGACGGUGAAAACCGCUGAGGAAUUUUGGCAGGCAUAUUCCCAUUUAAAACGUCCGUCGGCGCUUCCUACGGUCUCAGAUUACCAUCUCUUCAAGCAGGGUAUUCGUCCGAUAUGGGAAGAUGAUGAGAACAAGCUGGGUGGCAAGUGGAUAUUGCGACUAAAGAAAGGCAUCGCGGAUCGCUAUUACGAGGAUCUCCUUAUGGCUUGCAUAGGAGAUCAAUUUGGCGAUGAGGCCGACGAAGUCUGCGGCGUUGUGCUUAGUAUGCGCAACGGAGAAGAUGUCCUUAGCAUCUGGACUCGCAGCACCGGGCAGAAGGUCCUCAAGAUUCGCGAGACGAUGCGUCGCGUGCUUAGCUGCCCGUCCGAAACCCGUAUCGAAUUUAAGAGCCACGACGCUAGCAUGCAACAACGUUCUGCCAUUGACGAGAUGCGCCGCGAGAAGGCGGCGCAGAAUCACCACGGAGAGAAACGAACCCACAACAAUAACAAAGCGCGACAGUCGCAAGAUGAGCAGCGAUCAUAGUGAGGUCAUUGCAAGACUUGCUUGGUGACAGCUUGAGCUUUGAAUAGCCGCGUUAUGCGAUAAGACGAGUUUAACUCACCAAAUAAAUAACAUGGAUUUUUACACAUAUUUAUCCGGCAGACUUGUGGGUUAUACUGAUAGGGGGUUUUAUCCUUUCCCUCGGUGACGGUGACGCGCUAUUUGCUCAAAACCCUUUUUAUCGGGUACAGCUCCUUCUCCCGAGCAGAGCUAGAUCUAGGAGCGUUUGACUACCUACUAGUACCUAGGUCAGUCAAGCACCCCGAGGCCGUCCUUGCGGAAUUUACGCUGUGUGUACAUUAGGUAUGGUGGAGGAUCAUAACUAAUGGGUUCUUGAAAAGCUGGAGCUGGGCAUCAUCAUCUGAAAAAAGGCAUCUAUGAAUCCUUAUACUAUUAUUGCUACUACUGCUAUCUGCUGUUAUCACUGCUACUAUUACUACUGGUACUUUUUU